AUGGCGCCGAAGAAGCGGAAAUAUGACGAAGCCGAUAGCUUCGUCAACUGCCCUGUACGGGGAUGCAAGAUGCGAGUAGAUGAGGCCAAUCUGCAAGCUCACAUCCUAGAGAAGCAUGCGAAGUCCCAGGCCGCAAGGGAGAUCAAGGAGAAGCAGGCGUUGGCGAAGGGCCCUCCGUGCGGGCCAUGUGCGAUGGAAGUGUCUGCGGAUGCGGCGGCUGCGGCUCCAACCGCCACAGCACGGCGGGAGGCGCUGGCUGUUGAAGGGCGGCCAUCGUACAAGUCCGACAGCGGCCGACGGAUACGCUGGAAGCAAUUUAAGUCGCUGAGAUCAGGCUGCUGGCAGCUGCUGUCUGCGAAAGGCCGGCUUGACGCUUUCUCUGAAACGACUGCAUUGACGCCCGUCGAGGACCUUGUGCUCGACGCCUGGAAAAUGCCGAACGUCGGAAGUUUCCCGACAAAGCCCAUGUCGGCUCAAGGUCCGACGAUGCUGCAGAGGAUCCUCGAGUUGCUGCUUUUUGCUGCCACCCGGGCACAGUUUCCGGGUGCGGACCUGCCUUUCCCACCGAUGCCUUCCGAGGCUGUGGUUGGCCCGACUCUGGCAGACUCCAAGAACAGUUGGCCAGCAAAGCGACAGACUUUGAAGAAGGAUGCUCCGAACAUUGUGGUGAUCAUGAAUGAUGAUGUGGGCUUCGGGGCACCCGAUACUUUCGGCGGCCCCAUCCACACGCCAACAUUGUCCAAGGUGGCAUCGCGAGGUGUGUCUUACAACCGCUUUCACACCACGGCCAUCUGCUCCCCCACACGCGCUUCAGUGCUGACAGGCCGGAACUCUCACAACAUCGGCGCAGGGCAGAUCACCGAGGCUGCAGCAGGAUUUCCGGGAUACACGGGAACCAUCCCCAAGUCUGCGGCGACGGUGGCCAAGGUGUUGUCAGGAUACGGCUAUGACACAGCCGCCUUUGGCAAGUGGCACAACACCCCUGUGAACAAUCUUUUCAAAACCGGGCCCUUCGACCAGUAUCCGACAGGUCUUGGGUUCAGCUACUUUUACGGCUUUAUCGCUGCUGAGACGUCGCAGUACGAGCCGCGGCUUUUUGAGAACACAAACCCGAUUGAGCCUCCUUACACUCCGGAGGAGGGCUAUCACCUCACUGAGGAUCUCGCUGACCAAGCGAUCAAGUUCAUCCGCAACAACCGUGCACUUACGCCUGAUCGGCCUUUCUUCAUCUACUUCGCUCCUGGUGGCACCCACGGGCCCCACCAUGUGCACAGCGAGUGGGCUGACAAGUACAAGGGUAAGUUUGAUAUGGGCUGGGAGAAACUUCGCAACAUCACCUUCCAGAAGCAGAAGGCCAUGGGAUGGAUCCCAACUACCACGGAGCUGACGGAGAUAGACCCCACCAUGGAAAAGUGGGAGAAUAUCUCAGAGAAAGAGCGCGCGUUCCAGCUUCGCCUGGUAGAGGUGUACGCGGGGUACCUCGAGCAUACAGACACACAGGAUGGCAAGGUCAUCGAAGAGCUCGAGCGCCAAGGUCUGUUCAACAACACUUUGGUGAUCUACAUCCUCGGCGAUAAUGGGGCCUCUGCGGAGGGGCUGCAUGGCAGCAUUGACGAGCUUAUCGUGGAGAAUGGGCUGCCGGCCACUGCCGAGCAGCAGAUCGAGAUCUUGGAGCGAGACUUCGGUGGUCUCAGUGCUCUGGGCUCGAAGCAUGUGCACAACAUGUACCACAGCUCCUGGGCUUGGGCCCUUGAUACGCCUUUCAAAAGCACCAAGUUGGUGGCUGCCCACUUCGGCGGCACUCGAACCCCCAUGGUGAUGUCUUGGCCAAAGGUAAUCAAGCAUGACCCAACUCCGCGAUCCCAAUUCCACCAUGUCUGCGACGUCGUGCCCACAAUUUUCGAGGCAAUUGGCAUCAAGGCGCCCGAGCAUGUGGAGGGCGCAACUCAGAUGCCCCUGGACGGUGUCUCCAUGGUCUACACCUGGAACAAUGCUUCAGCAGUGGGACGCAAGGAUACGCAGUACUUCGAGGUCAUGGGCAGCCGGGGCGUGUACAAGGAUGGUUGGUUUGCGAGCGUCUUCGGCCCUCGCAUCCCGUGGACGGGAACCAACGCAACACGCUUGAAGGAAUGGAACCCGGACACUGACGUUUGGGAGCUCUAUGACUUGACCAAGGACUACUCGCAGGCCCGUGACCUUGCCAAGGAAAUGCCGGAGCAGGUGAAUAAGAUGAAGGGUAUUUUCCUGGUGGAGGCGCAGAAGAAUAAGGUCCUUCCUGUCGGCGCAGGCUUGUGGACCAUCGCUUAUCACCCAGAGCAAGGUCCAAAGUCACCCUUGACGGAGUGGUUUCUCUACGAGGGCAUGACACGCAUAGCGGAAUCCAACGCGCCUCUUUUUCGCACAGGGUUUAGCUCCAUCGCCACUCUGGACGUGGAGGUGGCCAAAAAUGCUUCCGGGGUUUUGUACUGCGUGGGGGGAACCGCCGGCGGCUUCUCUGUAUAUAUGGAUCAGGGCUAUCUCUAUGCAGAGUACAUGGCCACGUUGCUGUACCGCUACAUUACGAAGUCGUCCGCACCGCUGAAGGAAGGGCACGCAAAGAUUGAGAUCAAGUUGCAGUACGAAUCACAGCCUAUGAUAGCUCCCGCGCAACUUACUAUGCUCGUAGAUGGAGCUUUGGUGGCUUCACUCUUUGUGGAGAAAUCGAUGCGCUUGGCCUUCGAUGCCUCGGAGACAUUUGAUGUGGGCAUGGAUCUUGGUUCGCCCGUUUCUUUGCUGUACCAGGACCGUGUGCCGUUCAAGUACAAUGGCAAGAUCAACCAGUUGCACGUAAAGUACAUCAACGGCACCGCCGUCACAUCAGCAAGCGCUUUGCUGAUCUGA